UUGAAUGCUACAGCUGUUCCCUGAGGUUUGACAGACACUCUUUAUAUGUGCCCUGUUGAGUGAAUGAGAGAGUCAGGGGAGCUCUCAGUGAGCCAGACAAUUGAAACACAGAGAGGGAGAAGAAGGGCACAAUAAGAAAAUCUCCCACUGGGGGUCAGAUGGAGACCCCGAGCAGAAUUGUUUUAAUGGAUGGUUUUCAGGAAGCUACCACCAUGCCUCCCUCCAAGAGUAAGCAAGGCAAAGCAAAGGUGGAUUAGGAGAAGGAAAAGAAAAAAAAAGAGGCAGCUUUCUGGUGUGAGGUUGGCUUAUUCCUUUUCCAUUUGGAGGAAAUAUCAUAAGGCAAAUUUCCAAGGACCAGCCAUGAAAGGUGACUUGGUGUGGCUCUCCACCGUGCUACUGCUACUCCCCAGGGCGGGCAGCUGUCCAGAAAAGUGUCUUUGUCACAUACCUACAAAGUCUGUUGACUGCAGUAGGCAAGGUUUGAGGGAAAUCCCCUUGGAGCUGCCUCCUCGGACCCAGAUCCUACAUCUGCAGCAUAAUCACAUUGGAGACGUCCCCACAUCUGCCUUCAGUGGGACACCCUUGCUCCGAACCUUAGAUCUCUCCCACAAUGCCCUUUUCACCCUUGCUCCUGGUGCUUUCUUGGGGCUUGCCCACUUACAGGUUUUAAACCUAACACAGAACUCUCUUCAUUCCUUGGAAAGCAAAGUUUUCCACUCCCUACCCCAACUGCAACAGCUGGAUUUGUCCUUUAAUGACAUACAGGAGCUGCCCGUGUUUAAGGGGGACACCCUAAGCCGCCUAACUCGACUUGCCAUACAAAGGAACCAAUUACAGCAGGUCCACAGGGCUCCCCUGGCAUCCCUCCCCAGCCUGAGAGCUUUAUUCUUCAAGGACAAUCUCUGGAAAUGUGAUUGUCACCUGCUGGAUCUUAAACUGUGGCUGGAGAGCUUUGUAUACAAAGGUGGAAUAACUGAUGGAGUUAUCUGCUCAUCCCCAGACAUCUGGAAAGGGAAAGACCUCCUUAAAAUUCCAUAUGAACUCUACAAUACAUGCCUCCCUCUUCUUGGGAAUGGGGGGUCCAUCCAGCCCCAGAUCCCUGGCACUGCCCAGCAGGACCGCCCACAGCCCAGCCAGGCCCAAGAACAGGUAGACAAAAGCCGGUCGGACUGUGAACCCAAAGCCAAGGCCCGGCCAGUCAAUCUCCGCCAUGCCAUCGCCACAGUGGUUAUCACGGGAGUUGUCUGUGGAGUUGUGUGUCUCAUGAUGUUGGCUGCUGGGAUUUAUGGUUGCACUUAUGCAGCAAUUAUGGCUAAAGGACAUGGAGAACCUUUGAGCCACACCAAUGAGCCCAGAAGGCCUGGAGAAGAAAAUGGGGCACUUGCUGCUUCCCUAGCAUAGACUGCUCUUGGGGAUGAUUUCUCCCAAGUCAGAGUCAUCCUUUGAGGGGGAAAAGAAGUAUCUGAGGAGCGCUGGGGAGCUGUCCAUCAUUACUAUCACUUUUUGGUUUUUCACUAAAGAAAUAGUCUGUAUUUUUUUUAAUCCUGUGAAGCAAUUCAUGUUUCAAUUUUUAAAUGCCAUGGGCAAAAUAAA